UGCGCGCGACGGGGGCGAGGAGGAGGAGGGGGCGGCGGCGGCGCUUCGCUGUGUCACGGCGCGGCCUGCGGGGACGGCGGCGCGCGGGCGGCCAUGGAGUACCUCAUCGGCAUUCAGGGCCCCGACUACAUCCUGGUGGCGGCCGACACGGUGGCGGCCUCCAGCAUCGUCCAGAUGAAGCACGACCAUGACAAAAUGUUUAAGAUGAGCGAAAAGAUCUUACUCCUGUGUGUUGGGGAGGCUGGAGACACUGUACAGUUUGCAGAAUACAUCCAGAAAAAUGUUCAGCUCUACAAAAUGAGGAAUGGUUAUGAAUUGUCUCCUACUGCAGCUGCAAACUUUACGCGACGAAACCUAGCUGACUAUCUUCGGAGUCGAACCCCUUACCAUGUGAACCUCCUCCUGGCUGGCUAUGACGACCACGAAGGUCCUGCCCUUUAUUACAUGGAUUACCUUGCGGCUCUGGCUAAAGCUCCUUUUGCAGCACAUGGAUAUGGUGCAUUCCUUACCCUCAGCAUCCUUGACCGCUACUACAAGCCAAGUAUCACACGUGAGGAAGCUGUGGAGCUCCUAAAAAAAUGUCUAGAGGAGCUUCAGAAACGCUUCAUCCUAAAUCUGACUUCUUUCAAUGCCCGGUUCAUUGACAAAGAUGGCAUCCAUGAAGUCGACAAUAUCCCCCUUCCAAAAGCGAUGUCUUAACCCCUGAGGUCUUUCUUCAGCAGUUGUCUUUUUUGUUCACUUUUGGUUUUUUCUAUUCAUUUGAAGCACACAGUCAUGUACUGCACUGGGAGAUCGAAUAAAGAUUGACAUUUAUAUAGCCAGUU